UGUUGACUCUUAAUUUACACCGGCGUACGCCAAAACUCGCCCAGGUUGGCGGAGUUAAUCGAUACACUGCUCCAUUCGCCGGGUGAUCCACUCAAACCGGGCUGCCAAGACUGUCGUGUGUGCAAAAAAAGCGCUUCAGUAUACAUUAUUGAGACAACAGCCAUUGAGCAGUCGCAACCAAAGACAUUAUGUCUAUGGUCGCAACCAGGUGUCUUUAACACUUAGCGAUAGCUAAUUUACGUCGCCAAGGCUCCAAAACGAACCCGAGCGCCCCGGUGUUCAUAACGAGUACACCCAUUGUGACCUUACCGGCUACACUGCUACACUGGCCAAUUGUUUGCUAAUAAUAUAAGUUACUGUUAUAGCUAGCUAGCUAAUCACCUUUAUAUGAAACGCUUUAAUGUAACAACGACCAAGGGUACUUAGACAGUUAAACAUUGCAACUAAAGAAAUGAACAGCCGACUGCAAGAGAUCCGCGAGCGACAAAAACUUAGGCGGCAGCUUUUAGCUCAACAGUUGGGAGCUGAAAGCGCAGACAGUAUCGGAGCUGUCCUUAACAGUAAAGAUGAACUAAAGGAGAUAGAGGAGACAAGAGAAUCAUGCAGAGCUUCAUUUGACAGUUCUGUCGCACCUUCCAAAAGAAAGGCACAGACGGAGGGAGAGGACACAGAGGAAGAUGUGGAAGAACAAAAGGAAGAGGUCGAGGUGCAACAGCCGGAUGAAAGCAACCCAUAUGAGGAAGUGUACAAGGACUCAAGUACUUUCCUUAAGGGUACCCAGAGUUUGAACCCUCACAAUGACUACUGUCAGCACUUUGUCGACACAGGGCACAGGCCACAGAACUUCAUCAGAGAUGUUGGCUUGGCUGACCGAUUUGAAGAAUACCCAAAGCUUCGAGAGCUGAUUAGACUGAAGGACGAACUCAUCUCCACCACCAAUACCCCUCCCAUGUACCUCCAGGCUGAUCCAGAGCACUUUGACCUGCAGGAUUUGAAGUGCAAGUUUGAUGUAAUUCUUCUUGAGCCUCCCUUAGAGGAAUACUACAGAGAAUCAGGCAUCAGCCACACUGAACGCUUCUGGACCUGGGAUGAUAUCAUGAAACUGGAAAUUGAGGAGAUAUCAGCUCCACGUUCCUUUGUUUUUCUCUGGUGUGGCUCUGGUGAAGGACUGGACUUGGGCAGAAUGUGUUUGAGGAAGUGGGGCUUUAGGCGGUGUGAGGAUAUCUGUUGGAUCAAGACCAACAAGAAUAACCCAGGGAAGACCAAGGCCCUGGACCCAAAAGCAGUAUUUCAGAGGACCAAGGAACACUGCCUAAUGGGAAUCAAAGGAACAGUGCGUAGGAGUACUGACGGUGACUUCAUCCAUGCUAACGUGGACAUUGACUUGAUCAUCACCGAGGAGCCUGAGAUGGGAAAUGUAGAGAAGCCUGUGGAGAUCUUCCACAUAAUUGAGCAUUUCUGUUUGGGCCGCAGGAGGUUGCACCUGUUUGGACGAGACUCAACCAUCAGACCAGGCUGGCUGACUGUGGGUCCUACUUUGACAAACAGUAACUUAAACCCAGAGUCCUACGCCUCACAUUUUGUCAACUCCCACCUAUCUGGCUGCACCGAGGAUAUUGAGAGGUUGCGGCCUAAAUCUCCCCCUGCUAAGCUGAAGUCGGACCGUGGUGGCGGAGCACCCAGAGGGGGGCGUGGUGGGCCAAAUGCAGGAAGAGGCGGAGACAGAGGCCGUGAAAGAAACCGGCCAAAUUUCCGUGGGGACAGGGGAGGGUUUAGGGGCAGGGGAGGGCCACAUAGGGGCUUUCCACCUCGCUAGAGGAAAGAGCUCAUGCCAACCAGACUGAUGCUAGAAGCUCAUCUGUAAUGCAGUCGGGGUAUAGUAUGAUAUUGUUUUUAUGUGACACCUGAGUAGAUUAGCGAAUGUGAUCAAUCUUUUUGAAUAUUGUUGUUUUGUUUAUAUUUUUUCAUGGAUAUACUUAAGAUGGAGUAGUUAUUGUUUGAAUAAACAUUCCUUUCACUUUU